AUGGCGCCCCGAGCUCGGACGGCUCCCGGGAAGCCGGCCGCCACGCCAACGGUCGUUGACGCGCACGUGCCGGUCUCGAGAGAUGCCGGUCGUAUAUCCACGCACGGCGAUGUGAUUUCGAGCUCUCUGUCGCGAUCUCGUCCCAGCGGGACGGCGGAUCUCGCCGUGGAUGAGGACAAAGAUGAGUCGGUGAAGAUGGGACUCGGGUCCCGGUCCGGUCGAGGGGACCUAUUGACCGCGGCCGUCCGUCCGGCGUCGGCGGCCAGCGUCGGAAGCGCGGCGGUCCAGGAGCGUCUCGGCCAGCUGGUCGGGCUCUUCAAAGAUCGUACGGAACGCCGCAAAGACCGCCUGCUCGAUCCGGACGAGUCGGAGGGCCGGGAAAGUCCCGCCGCCUCUCCGCCUCCCCCGCCGCCGCCCGGAGAAGACGAGACGGAAGGCCCCGCCGUCGGAAAGGAAGAGGAAGAGGCCCUUCUUCUCUUUCAUCUUCUGGGACGUCCCGUUCAAAUUCCCAAACGUCUUGCCGUGCCCAAAUGGCUCCGAGCCGUCGCGGAGUUCCGGUUCCCCUCCAGCAUCGACCCGUUCACCGACCUGGUCUAUGUGCUGUGGCUGUUCUUGGUGGUCGCGGCCUGGAACUGGAACGUUUGGUUGAUACCCGUCCGCUGGGCCUUUCCCUACCAGACCCCGGAGAACCUCCACCUGUGGCUUCUGGUCGACUACGCCUGCGACCUCAUUUACAUCACCGACAUCCUGGUCUUCCAGCCCCGCCUGCAGUUUGUCCGCAGGGGGGACAUCGUGUGCGACCGAAAAGCCAUGCAAGAAAACUACAUGACCACCGACAGGUUCAAGAUGGACGUCAUCAGUCUGUUCCCCAUGGAAAUCCUCUACUACUGGACGGGGGUCACGUCUCUGCUCCGAUUCCCUCGUCUGCUCAAGUACCACGUUUUCUUCGAGUUCAAUGACAGAAUGGAAGCGGUGAUGAAGAAGGCCUACAUCUACAGGGUGAUCCGGACCUCCACCUACCUGCUGUACUCCCUGCACGUCAACGCGUGCCUGUUCUACUGGGGCUCCGACUACCAAGGCUUGGGUUCCACCAAGUGGGUCUACGACGGGAAUGGCAACGCUUACGUCCGCUGUUACUACUUUGCGGUGAAGACGUUGAUCACCAUCGGCGGGCUUCCGGACCCGACCACCGUCUUCGAGAUCUGCUUCCAGCUCGUCAACUAUUUUGUGGGCGUCUUCGCUUUCUCCAUCAUGAUCGGACAAAUGAGGGACGUGGUGGGGGCGGCCACGGCCGGCGAGAACUACUACCGGGCCUGCGUGGACGGCACCGCCAAAUACAUGAACUCGUACGAGAUUCCCAAGGCCGUCCGCAACCGCAUCAAGACCUGGUACGACUACACGUGGAAGAGCCAAGGCAUGCUGGACGAGCAAGAGUUGCUGUUGCAGCUUCCUGCCAAGAUGAGGCUGGACAUCGCCGUGGAUGUCAACUACUCCAUCGUCAGCAAAGUGGCGCUGUUCCAGGGUUGCGAUCGUCAGAUGGUGUUUGACAUGCUGACAAGACUCAAAUCUGUCGUCUACCUGCCGGGAGACUUUGUGUGUAAGAAGGGCGAGAUCGGCAGGGAAAUGUACAUCAUCAAGCAGGGCGAGGUCCAAGUGGUGGGCGGUCCGGACCUCGGGACGGUUUUCGUCACCAUCAGAGCGGGUUCGGUGUUUGGCGAGAUCAGUUUGUUGGCGGGGGGCGGAGGGAACCGGCGCACCGCCAACGUGAAGGCGCACGGAUUCGCCAACCUGUUCAUCCUGGACAAAAAGGACCUGGCGGAAAUCCUGGUCCACUAUCCGGAAUCCCAGAAACUUCUACGCAAGAAGGCCAAGACCAUGCUGACAAAGGACGACGAGAAGCCGCGGGAAAAGGGAAGCGGCAAAGACCCGCCCCAGCUCAUUCCGGUCCCGCCCGACACGCCCCGAAUGUUCAAGGCGGCGAUGAGGGUGACGGCGCGGGCGGGACUGGCGGGAACCUUGGCCAAACUCGAGAAGAGCUGCGGCCCGCCUCGGCGCACGCCUCCGCCCUCUCCCUUGCCCGCGGGCCACUCGUCGGUCAUCGCCACGACGUCGCCGACGGAAGGGGAGGAGCUUCUUUACGCGAGGGCGGCGGCCACCGGGGACCGGGAAGCGGAGAAAAGGGAGGUGGAGGAAGAUGCCGAGUAAAGGGCUUCCCAGCGAGCGAGCGGGCCGGGACAAUACGCUUUCCCGCAAAACCCGCCAUGGCGCCUUGCUUAUCGGUCUG